AUGUCUAAUAACCCAUACGUGACUGAACUCGAAUUCGCAAUCGGCUUGGCUCGACGUGCCGGAGAAUUGAUCCUAGAGGCAAGUAAAGAUCGCCAAACCGGGAAGGGCACAACGGUAAAUGAUAAGAAGAAUCGAAUCGAUUUGGUGACUGAGACCGAUCAAGCUGUUGAGAAGUUAGUAGCUAAAUCAAUCAAAGGGAAAUUUCCGGAUCAUAAAUUUAUUGGUGAGGAAUCAUUUGCGGCCGGAGAGAAGGCAGAUUUGACGAAUGAUCCUACUUGGAUCUGUGAUCCUAUUGAUGGCACUACCAACUUCGUACAUGGCUUUCCUAGUGUGUGUAUCAGCAUAGGUUGGGUGGUAAACAAGGUGCCAACUGUUGGAGUGAUCUAUAAUCCAUUCCUUUCUCAACUGUAUACAGCUGUCAAAGGUCAUGGAGCGUACCUUAAUCAAACCACUCGAUUACCGUUAUCCUAUCCAGAUCAACUUCCACUCAACAAGCUUUCUGAUGCUUUGGUAGGAGUAGAAUGGGGUAGUGAUCGUUCAAAAAAUGUUAUGGACAAAAAGUCGCGAAGCUUUGUAAGACUGGCGGGAGAUCCGAACGAGGUGGACGGUGGGGUGAUGUGCCACUCUCUGAGAUCGAUGGGUUCGGCUGCCUUGAACUAUAGCCACGUCGCAGCUGGAAGUCUAGAUUUGUAUUGGGAGAUUGGAUGUUGGGCAUGGGACGUCUGUGCAGGAACGGUCAUUGUUCGGGAAGCAGGCGGCAAGUGUUAUGGGAGAGGGGGGAAAGCAUUUGAUGAAGAUGGGUCAGGAAAAGACCUGAUGGGUCAUCAUUUCUUCGUGAUCAGAGGUAUCGCAGAUCAGGAUGGUCAAUCUGGUUCAGAGAUUCAAGAUAGAUUGGCACAGGAGUUUUUCAAAAACGUGGCAGAGGAAUGGGAUGCUUGA